AGGUUAUGGGUUAAGACUAAUCUCAAAUUGGCAAAACUCUGGCUUGAUAGAAAAGAAUAUAAUAGGUUAAACAAGAUUUUACGUCAGCUCCAUUUAUCGUGUCAAAAAGAUGAUGGAACUGACGAUCAACGUAAAGGGACACACUUACUGGAAAUUUUCGCACUUGAGAUUCAAAUGUAUACUGAAACGAAAAAUAACAAAAAAUUGAAGGCUCUAUAUCAACAAUGUCUUCACGUCAAAUCUGCAAUUCCACAUCCACGUAUAAUGGGUGUUAUUCGUGAAUGUGGUGGUAAAAUGCAUAUGGGAGAGAAGGAAUGGGACAAAGCACAAACCGAUUUCUUUGAAUCUUUUAAAAAUUAUGAUGAAGCUGGUAGUCCUCAACGUAUACAAGUUCUUAAGUACCUAGUUCUUGCAAAUAUGUUGACAGAAUCGCAAAUUAAUCCUUUUGAUUCUCAAGAGACAAAGCCAUACAAAAACGAUCCUCAAAUUGUAGCAAUGACUAAUCUAGUUAGCGCAUAUCAACGCAAAGAAAUUCGGGAAUUCGAAAAAAUUCUAAGAGAUAAUCGUGCGACCAUUAUGGAUGAUCCUUUCAUCCGUACAUAUAUCGACGAUGUUCUCAAGAAUAUUAGGACUCAAGUACUGCUUCGCCUUAUUAAGCCAUACACGCGAAUAGAGAUACCAUUUGUGUCAAAACAACUCAAUAUUCCUGCACAAGAUGUUGAAGACUUGCUUGUUGGUCUCGUUCUUGAUCAAAAAAUUAAAGGGUGCAUUGAUCAGGUGAACCAACGGCUAGAAUUAUAUAGGCAGUCAUCUGACACUGAACGUUAUAAUUCCAUUGAUAAAUGGUCGACCAACGUAUCAACAUUAUAUAAAACAUGUAUUAAUAGGGUCACGUGA